CUGUACUUGUCUUUUAUUGUUAUUUUAUUAGGCUAUUCAUUCAAUCGAUUGGCAUCAUGAGGGUAAACAAUUCAUGUGCAGCCACUCAGAUGGUAGCUUGACUUUAUGGAACCUGAAAAGCCCAAGUCGCCCUUUCCAAACCACAGUCCCACAUGGAAAAAGUCAAAGAGAAGGAAGAAAGUCUGAGUCUUGUAAACCUAUUCUUAAAGUAGAGUACAAAACGUGCAGGAACAGUGAACCAUUUAUAAUAUUCUCUGGCGGGCUGUCAUAUGACAAAGCUUGCAGAAGACCAAGUUUAACCAUCAUGCAUGGGAAAGCAAUUACAGUGCUUGAGAUGGAUCAUCCUAUUGUUGAGUUUCUAACGUUAUGUGAGACGCCCUAUCCAAAUGAAUUUCAAGAACCCUAUGCUGUUGCUGUACUUCUAGAGAAAGAUCUCAUCGUAGUUGAUCUGACACAAACCAAUUUUCCAAUCUUUGAAAAUCCAUAUCCAAUGGACAUUCAUGAGUCACCUGUUACAUGCACAGCAUAUUUUGCCGAUUGCCCUCCAGAUUUGAUUCUAGUACUCUAUUCUAUAGGAGUCAAGCAUAAAAAACAAGGAUACAGUAAUAAGGAAUGGCCAGUCAGUGGAGGAGCUUGGAACCUCGGAGCACAAACUUAUCCAGAAAUUAUUAUUACUGGUCAUGCUGAUGGAACAAUAAAAUUUUGGGAUGCUUCAGCAAUGACACUGCAGAUGUUGUACAAGCUAAAAACUUCCAAAGUGUUUGAAAAGCAGAAGGCAGGAGAAGGCAAACAGACGUGUGAACUUGUAGAGGAAGAUCCCUUUGCUGUGCAGAUGAUCUACUGGUGUCCAGAGAGCAGAAUAUUUUGUGUCUCUGGAGUCUCUGCAUAUGUCAUAAUUUAUAAAUUCAGCAGACAUGAAAUCACAACAGAAAUAGUGUCACUAGAGGUACGACUUCAAUGUGAUGUUGAAGACAUUAUUACUCCUGAGCCAGAAACAAGCCCUCCAUUUCCAGAUCUCUCCUCUCAACUUCCUCCUUCAAGGAGUCUUUCUGGAAGCACUAAUACUGUGUCUAGUGAAGGAGUGACGAAGGACAGCAUCCCAUGCCUCAGUGUUAAAACACGGCCAGUGCGAAUGCCGCCGGGCUAUCAAGCAGAUCUUGUUAUUCAGUUGGUGUGGGUAGAUGGUGAGCCUCCUCAGCAAAUUACCAGCCUUUCUAUAAGCUCAGCAUAUGGAAUAGUGGCAUUUGGAAACUGCACUGGGCUGGUUGUGGUGGAUUUCAUACAGAAGACAGUGCUAUUAAGCAUGGGGACCAUUGACCUCUAUAGAUCAAGUGACCUGUACCAGCGACAGCCCCGGUCUCCUCGAAAGAACAGGCAGUUCAUUGCAGACAACUUUUGCAUGCGUGGGCUGUCUAACUUUUAUCCUGAUUUAACGAAACGGAUCCGUACUUCCUAUCAGAGCUUAACAGAGCUGAAUGAUAGUCCAGUUCCCCUGGAACUUGAGCGCUGCAAGUCCCCCACCUCAGGACUUGCCACCCGAACUCCUGAGGCAGCACCAGGCUUUUAUAGGAAUGAAAUGCCCGCUGUGAAACAGAGGAGUCAAGUGCACCACUUGCCAGUCAAAGGAUCAAGAAAGUUAAGUCUGCCAACAGAUCUUAAGGCUGAUCUUGACCAUGUAAAUGGACACUGCACAAGUCCAACCUCUCAGAGUUGCAGUUCUGGAAAACGUCUUUCCAGUGCUGAUGUUUCAAAAGUAAAUCGCUGGGGUCCUGGAAGACCACCAUUUAGAAAGGCACAGUCAGCUGCUUGCAUGGAGAUUUCUUUACCAGUUACAACUGAAGAAACCCGAGAGAAUUCCUAUAAUCGCUCCAGGAGCUCUAGCAUCUCCAGUAUUGACAAAGAUUCUAAAGAAGCGAUUACAGCUUUAUACUUCAUGGAAUCCUUUGCACGGAAAAAUGACUCUACUGUUUCCCCUUGUCUGUUUGUUGGAACUAGUCUGGGAAUGGUAGUACUCAUCUCCCUAAAUCUACCAUCAUCAGAUGAACAAAGGUUUACAGAGCCGGUGGUGGUAUUGCCAAGUGGUACGUUCCUCUCAUUGAAAGGAGCUGUGCUAACAUUUUCCUGCAUGGACAGAACUGGCAGUUUAAUGCAGCCUCCAUAUGAAGUAUGGAGAGAUCCAAACAACACAGAUGAAAAUGAAAAAACCUGGAAAAGGAAAUUGGUCAUGAACUACUCGUCUUCAUCCCAAGAGAUGGGAGACCAUCAGUAUACGAUAAUCUGCUCAGAAAAACAAGCCAAAGUCUUCUCACUGCCUUCCCAGACCUGCCUUUAUGUUCACAACAUCACCGAGACAUCGUUCAUAUUGCAAGCAGAUGUGGUGGUCAUGUGCAACAGUGCCUGCCUGGCCUGCUUUUGUGCAAAUGGGCAUAUCAUGAUAAUGAGCUUACCUAGUCUUCGCCCAAUGUUGGAUGUUAAUUAUUUGCCACUGACAGACAUGAGAAUAGCACGGACAUUUUGUUUUACUAAUGAAGGACAGGCAUUAUACCUCGUCUCUCCCACUGAAAUUCAACGGUUAACAUAUAGCCAAGAAAUGUGUGAUAAUAUUCAGGACAUGUUAGGCGAUUUGUUUACUCCCAUAGAGACACCAGAAGCCCAAAAUAGAGGCUUUCUCAAGGGACUAUUUGGUGGAAGUGGACAGACAUUUGACAGAGAAGAACUCUUCGGGGAAGCCUCAGCAGGAAAAGCAUCCCGCAGCCUCGCACAGCACAUCCCUGGGCCAGGUAGUAUAGAAGGGAUGAAAGGCGCUGCUGGCGGGGUGAUGGGAGAGCUGACCCGAGCCCGGAUUGCACUUGAUGAGAGAGGGCAGCGUCUGGGCGAGCUGGAAGAGAAGACUGCGGGCAUGAUGACCAGCGCAGAAGCGUUUUCCAAGCAUGCACAUGAGCUAAUGCUGAAGUAUAAGGAUAAGAAAUGGUACCAGUUCUAACCUUCGAAAGAAGCUGUGACUGCUUUGAGAAACCAUUAUUCAGGGAAACCAAAUUUAUUCCCAGCAUCACUAUUCAACUGCUAGAAGCCAGUUUCUUCUACAAAAUGUUCCAUUAUAGUCCAUCUGAAGUUAUCAUAAGGGAGACUUAUCAAAGGCAAAGAUGCUGUACAACAGAAAGGCUGGAACCCCGGUUAAAAUCCCAAGAUAAUGGCCGAAUUUGUCUUUCCCCAUGUGGAAUGGAUAUUAUCAUCUUAGCAUGUCAUUUGCUAAGAAUUCAUGUUUGGAAACUAUGGGGAGUCCUUUUGAUUUGAAAUUUCCUGUACAAACAAAAGCAUUAAUGCACUUAAUGAAAAAAAAUCUUUGCAUGAAAAAUUAACAUCUUAAGAGGAAAAGAAACAAAAGCAUGUUAUAACAGAAGAAAAGGAUUUAUGGUAAACUACUUUCAUGAAUUGGGCCACACCCAACAAUUUUAAAAUAUGCAUUAGAAGAUAUCAAUGCAUUUUAAGUGUAUUUGCCCUACCCAACUGAAAGGAAUCAAAACAUACCCAGAAUUUUCUUCUCAUCUGAAACUUUCCUUAGUAUCCUAGGACAUUCCUGAAUUCUUACAUCAAGAAUCUGAUUGCAUUUUUCUCUCUCUGUAGCAAUUCACAUCAUUUGCAGCUCCCAUUCAUAACCAAGGAUUGCCAGGAUAGUGAAGUAUCGCCAACACUUUUCUUUCCAUGUCUGCCACCUUCAAGAUGAAUUCCUAGGUUUAGUUAUAAACCGUGCAGGGUUGAAUCACCUCAAAGUAAUUUUUUUCGGCCUGGUUUAUAUUCUACAGAGGAGGUGGCGAUAAGUUUGCAGAAAUUAGACUAUAGGAACAGUGCAGUUAGCUUUGAGAACUGAUUUCACAAAGAGUGGAAUUUCACACACCCCAGUUUUAGUUUCCAAAGCGAUAUAUUUGUAAAGCACCAUUUGUACCCUUAUCUGCCAAUUACACAGUAUAUUACUGUUCAGACCCUGGAGGGUCUUCUAUCCCAAGGUGCUUUUGCAGCCUGCUAUUCACAGACCAAACUGGUCAUUGUCUUUGAAGUGAUUCAGUAAAACCUCAGCUAAUGUUUUAGGAAAGAGAUUCUGACUCCUCACACUUCUGAUGCACAAGGGCUUUCAUUAGAGCACAUUCUAGGACCCAGCACUUAUUACUGGAAACCCUUAUGAAAUGUAGAGCUGUUUUAGCUAUCUUGGCCACAGUCAUCAUUAUGGGUAACACAAAUCCAGAGAUAAUUUAAUGAUAUAAAAUCAAUAGCUUUGUCACUAGAUUGACUAAUAUAAGUCAAAGGCAUGUGUCAGUGAAUACCAAAUACCUUCUAAAAGCUCUCAAGGGUAAAGAUCAGCUCGAGCAAGAUAAAACGAUCCAUCAUGACCCAGCAGAGAAGCACUGCAAAGGAAAACAAAGGAAGAUUCCGACUUGCUCUGUUGACCAUGCUUGGAAGUCAGAGUCAUGGGACUCCCCUGACAGGAUGCUCUUCCUGUUUUUAAAAUCUUAAAUUAUGUGAUGCAAUCAUUGGGUUUUGAGGUCUUACUAGAUUUACAUUUCAUUUGUGUUUAAGAUAUGGGCACUUCCUUAAAUCCAACUUAAUAGACGAAGUUACUUUUUUCAUUUGUCUUUUGUUUGUGUUUGAAGUGGUGCUGCCUUUUCAUUUUUCUCAGUGAUUUUGAAGAAGCAGAGAUGAUUAAAAGAACCAGAAAGUGCACAUAGGAGUAGCAUUUAUCAGAGUCCUGAAAUUCUGGUUUCUUAAAAUUGUCUGUAAAUCUGCCUCCUGUUAUAGCAUGACUAUAAGAGGACUUGGCUUGGAAAUACAGACGAUAUACACAGACAAUAUAUACAGUAAAAUAUUAAUGAAAUUUCAAGCCAGAACCUGGAAAACAUUGGCAGCCAAACUGCAACACAAAAUGUAUGCAAUCUCUUUUUAAGAACCCAAGUUUCUGAUUUUUAGCAUUUCUGGAAUUUUUGUUGUUGUUUGUGUGUGUGUGGGGGGGGGUUGAUUGCUUGUUUGUGUGUUAUUUUUGUCUUGUUU